AUGACGCUAGAUAAAGGAGCAUCUUCAUUUUCAAACGCUGAGUCUUUUCAAAAGCUUAUGUAUGAGCUUUUAUGUGCCUGGCAUGGCGCUAACACGAGACCAGGUGAAAACGUUGUUGGCGAAGUUGAGAAGAUGAAAGCGAUACGAAAGAUCAUAUAUCGUUUAUUGGUGGAACUCGAUCAACGCAUUCUUGUACUGACCACUGAUUUUACAAUCGAAUCAGAGAAUGCGCAAAAAUUUUUCGAGGAAUGGUCAGUGCUAACAUGGAGUGUUCUGUGCAUAACGAUGCGUCUUCAACCGGGUGGUUUCUAUGUUGGAACAGCUAGCCGUGUUACAUCAUUACCGAGCGAUGAAGAACGUUUGAUUCUUGCUCGACUAAAUAACGCACUUGUUAAGUUGGUUAAUGAUGCGUAUCCAAUAAGACCACCGCCUGGUGUCAGUGACUCUGAUCAUUGUUACAAACGCUUCUUUCAGUAUUUCGGUCAAACUCUUCAUACACUCCAUAAUUUCUAUUCAAUGCUUGAUUCAGUGACAAUGAACGGUGAUGUUAAUGAGUUUGUAGCAGAUUUAGUGACUUUUGGUGAUACACAACUACGACUAUGUAUUGAAGCUUUCAGAGAGUUCUCGAAUCAGCAAGGAGAACGAUUAUGGCGAUGUGUGCGCACGGCACAAGUGCAACGAAUGACCGAUUAUAGGGUACUUUCGUUGGAACCACUAAUUGCCUUCUAUACAAAUAUGAUCUAUACACUUGGUAUUUUGGCAGCUCGUUUACAGGGAUUUCGCUACGAACUAACGCUCGUAAGGAAUGUUUUGGUAGAUGACGACCCUAUCUAUGCACUUGUCUCGAUGGUAUUCACUGCGUUGGAGUUGUUGGUCAGUGAUGGAUGUUUAGCCACUGAACCAAGCACAAACGCUAUACUGGUCACCAAUAAUCUAUUCCCAAUGCAAUGUGGUGCACUCGUACGUGGUGUCAUUUUUCGUGAUUUUCAGAUUCAAGUCGUUUCUGAGGAAACUGCCUAUCAAAUACAGAUGGAAAUACGAAAACAAAAGCUUCUUCAAUGUCCUGGUGCAAUUGGGACAUUUCCAUCUGCCGCCCUCCUAGCCAUGAAACCGGCUACAGGCGUUAAGCGCAAUAAUGCCACUGUUUCGGCAGAAGGCGGAAAUACAGCGCAUAAAAAAUCCGACGUUAACAGCAAAGAAUCAGUGCUUAUCACACCAAUUUACAAUAGUAAGCAUCAAUUUUGGUCGGGAUCAUACCCGCAUUUGUUAUGUACAACAAGACAGAAGGAUUCAGUACUGGAUUCGAGGUCGACACAAAUCGGUAAACGUCCCUUGUUCUAUUUUUACAUACGUGCGACGUUCUUUAGUCCUGGCGGUGGUAUGGCCACCUCACACACACUAUCGUUACCGUUCACCAUUGCAACUCGACGCAAUCAGGACUGUCAAGUUCAGCGAAUGAUGAGCUCCUAUACAGCCACGUGUUUUUGGUUGUACGGCAUAAAUAUACAAAACGGCCUCCUUAUUACCUGGUCAGAAAGUGGCAUCUCAUGGGAACGGUUCAAGUAUUUAUAUAGUCAAUAUUUUCGAGUGAAUGCUGAAGUGAAGCGUGGCUUUGAAAACGUUGAUUUCGCAUUGUUACAGCAUAAAAUGCACUGUCAUGAUUGCGAUUCGUCAUUGCCUGUUGCGUUUACGAAUGCUGGUUGUGAACGACGGAUAACAUUUAAGAAUAUGCUAUGUCCUCAUUUGCGUUAUGAAUGUGGAUCGGUGAAUGUUCGAUUCAGCGUUUGGCGUGGAAUGUUGGAAUUGCUACAAAUUUUUCAAGAUCAUCGCACUACUGUUCGGCAGCUCUGGCAAGCUGAGCUCAUUUUUGGUUUUGUCGACUUUGAACAGGUCUGCGAGGUGCUGAAGCUGCAUGAAAAUACAAUGUGCAUGCGAUUAUCAUUUAUCACUGGUGGCAGUGUUUGUUUUUCAAUCAAAACAACCACAACACAUUCAAUUGUUCAUUUGGAACCACUUGAUCUUAAACGACUUCAAGCUAAGUCACUGCUCGAUUAUGUUAAGGAUAUUGCCAACGCUGAAAAGGUGAGAUAUAUUCUAAGCGCAAAUAAUAUAUUGGUACCAGUCGCUGAGGUACUUUCAACGCAUAAUUUGGCUGCAUCUGGUGAGAUCUUUGAGGGUCGAGAUGUUUGUUCGAAUGUUACACAUACUGGUAAUGUGGACUCCAUGCAGCACAUACGGUUCACUGCAUUGCGAGUGGCGGUUGUUACGUGUCGAGUGGACGACGAAACGUUGAAUGAUGAUUACUCAUUUGAAUUGAAUCAGCAACAAGAUAUUGUUCAACAGCAACAAUCCAAUUGCUGUUUAAAUGUUUCCGUGCCAAAUGUAAGUCAGCAAGAGCUAACAUCAGCACCACCACCAACAACCGAACAACAACAAAACCAUCUUAUCCUGACCACUCAAGCUCAACAUGCUAGCCAAUGCAUUCAUCAUCAGCGAAUUGCUGUUAGUCCAUUAGCUGCUAGCCUGAACCUGUCAUCUGCUCAGCAGCACCAUCCUCCAUUGUUGACGAUGACCGCUUCAAAUUGUUCCCUAUCUUAUUCCACUCCAUCUUCAUGCUCAGUAACACCAUCUUCUUCAUCAGCAGCACUGCCCACUAAAGUUGCAUCACAUCUUCCACAGUUCCAUCAUGGAGCAUCUGCAUCCAACUGUUCAACUUCUGGUUACUACCUGCCUAUUUAUUCAACUAGUUGUCGUUGCUCAAGCAGUGAACAACCCACUAGAGCUGCAGCUGUCAGCAGUCCGAUCACAACAAAUACUACCUCCAAUACGUGCUCCUCAUCGAUGACUACCCGAACGUGCUCAACCUCAACAACUAAAUGCUGUUGCUUGAAUUGCUACGCAGUUGCAUCAACUUCAGCAGUUCAGUUCAGCGGUACCUCGUUUAGCUAUUCCAGCCCAAGCCCGAUCGAUUCUGGCCCCGGUUGCUCAAUGAUCUCAAAAUUUUCUCGCUUGGACGGCAUUAGCAACAUCAGAAGCAGUAACAGUACUAGACGCGUAGAUCUAGGCUCAGGCUUAGGUUUAUACCCAAACGUCCUCAUCAACAGUAACACAAAAGCAAAUAGCAACAAUUCAUUAUCGUCCUCAUUAACGACAUCGUCAUUACCAUUAUCAAAGUCGCCAUCGAAAUUCUUACUCGAAUUACGUCAACUAAUGGCAGAAUAUAAUAUCACAUCGCACAAUUUAAUGGAUUUAAUAAUCAGCGGAGCAUUAGCAAAUAUAACUGCAACUGCAUCGUCAUUCUCACCAAUCAUAUCAACCGAUACGGCUGCAGCUAAAACUUGUUCCAUUAUGGAUCAUUUGCAUCACAAUAACGAUAGUAAUGCGAACGAUAAUAACAACGAUAAUGCGACUAUCAGCGACACUAGUAAUAGCACUAGAACCAGUAACUGUGCGGCCAUUGAUCGAUUCCUUCCGUCAAGCAUCGUUCUCAAUAAUAAUUAUGAUGAAAAAUUUCCUCAGUCCGGAUCAUUUUCAUCGCAUUUGUGA